AUGUCGUCACUGACCCCACGUGAGAGGCGUAGAUAUCAGCUACAGGUCAAAUACAAGGAAAAAGAGCGGUUAGCUUUCCUCGGCUUAUUCCCUGGCUUUCCGGAUCGCGCCAGAUGGACGGUGAGAGGCAUAUAUAACAUGCUAAGAGUGGAACUAAACAAAUAUUCGGAGGAGUUCCGAGAGAUGACAGCGAAAGAGCUAGAGGAAUCAGGAGAACUACGAAAAGAAGCCAUACUGUUAUGGGACCCUGAUACUGAAGCCGAGAGGUCGCAUCAGCAUUGGAUCGAGGCGCUUGAAUCGAUGGUUCAUCUACUGAGAUCACCGUUGAGUGUUCCUGGAGUUGAAGAUCGCCAGUCUGUGGCUGCAUCACCACCUAGACCCUUGGCUGGAUCCGCGGCUGGAUCUUCGUCAUCUUCUCCUUCACUCUCGCGCUCGUUCCGAACUUUGGCCAUAACUUCGACGGCAACUGCACCUACGCCUGUUACACCCGUUACACCGCCUCGACGGCCACCGGUACCUAGGCCUGUUACACCUCCUCAACCUGUAACUCCGCCUGCACCUGUGCCUGGAUCUCCACCCAUAUCAGUAACUGGAUCGCCGUCUUCCGUCGUCGAUAACGGCGGGGGUGCGUGGAGUACGCUGGACUUGGUUAUUUGUCUCCAGGAAAUAACCUACUGGCGGGAAAUGGUGGCCAAAAUAUGGCAGAAAGCCAUAGACGAUCCAACUGAAAUGAGCAUGGCAGAUUUAUCGCUUCAAGCCGCUGUACAAUUCUUCAAACAAGAGCUUCAAUGGAUGCAAGAAGCCAAUAUGGAGUGGUACGAAACCAACGAUCCAGCCUGUUGGAACCGUGAGACCUUGGAAUAUAUGGCAGAGCAGCAGCCGAACGGGACCGGCGGCGCUCUAUCCCGAAUCGCAACCAUGCUUAGAGAGGGGGGAUUCGACCGUCUGAAGGAGACAGUAUUAUAUCCUGCCAUCGCGCCUAUCCAACAGGGGCCAAGUGUCUGGUUUACCGCCGAUGCAGCAAUGCACCAAUCCCCACUCUUGGACUGGCUGGCGCAAGAAAAAAACCACAUGCACCCGGCGACUUGUGUUGCCUGGCUGUUGUGGGAGGACUCAGUAGAGCUCUCAAGACAGCAUGUAAAAGACCUAAAGACCGCAACUGUCCGCCGUCUUAGUGAAGCGUUGGUCGAUUUUCUUCCGCUGCAGGGCAUAGGUGUGGGCAACAGGAUCUAUGCAAGAAUAGGAGAAAGGGUAAAUAUCAUGACCAGAUAUGCUCUAGCCCAAAAUUGCGUCCCGUGCUUUGCUAUUGCCCAUACAUGGGCGGAUUAUCUUAGGAUCAUGGGCAAUAUUUUUGCUUUUGAGUUCUGUGGACAUGCUAUACGGGCAGUUACGUACUCGUACGAACUCAACGCACUACUGGGGACCUGGCCACCAGUCAAUGGAGCAAUCGAAGCUGAGCAGUUCUGUAACAAAUUCGGAGGUUAUCUACAUCCCGGAUACAAGCGGCCUACCAAAUUAAAGGAGGGCAGGAGAAUGCUGUCUCAGUGGUUGCGUGAUGCCAAUAGGAUUGCAAAUCAGGACACACGGCAAAGAGGGGCGAGAUUGGACUUACGACUACGCGACCAUAAGGUUGUCGAUGAGUACAAACAAAAUUGGGCACGAAUUACCGUAACCGAAGCCCGGUUUGAAGUACGCCGCAACGAAUUUAUACGGAAUGGAAGCAAUGAAUGGUGGGAAGCGAUAGCGGAAAAAGCCAGACAAAACUUCAACGAGCCACGUCUUCUCAAAACUGCUCUCAAGAUGCAAGGUCUCAUGGUUCAAAAUCGGCCCGAUUGGAGAACCCGGUUGGAACUGCUUAACAAGAUAGAAAAAUGUCUUGAUAAAAAAGAUGAGGAGGGGGCUAAGAAGUUCCUCGCUGAAAUGCUAUAUAGAAAGGAGUUUUUUGAACAUGUAAUUAUCCUCUAGUCU